AUGGUAUCACACCGGGUGAUUGCCGACUCUGAUGCUGAGGAUGACGACGAUGGUCCACUGAGCCCUCUCAGAGAAGAUGUCCUGGACCCUCCAGAGAUAGAACCAUUGAGCCCACAUCGUUUAGGCUCAAGCCGUGCGACAUCAGACACGCAUAAUCAAAUAUCUGAUACUACGGACCAGUCAUUCUUCGCUAAUGUCUAUGACGAGCAACAGAGCAGGGCACUCCAACAGUCUCAUCUUAUAGAGCAUAUUGUACGUCAAACUCAAAGAGCGAGUGGAAGCAGUGGCGAGGUUUCACUCCCUGCCAAAGGCAAAGGCAGGAAGACCAAUACUUCCUCGGCUACAGAUGUUACCUCACCCGUAGUCUUGAAAAAACCAGGAAACCAGCCCUCGCUUUUCAGCGAUGAUGCAUCUGUUAUCACGACUCCAAGAAAAAGCUUACCUGGGGAAUGGGAUAUACCCAGUAGUCCCGAAGAUGCUUUUACAUCAAAGAGUGUUAAGAGCGCAAAGACUAGGAGGGAUAAGACGUACGGCAAGCGAAAAAGCCAGCCGGGGUUAGCCCUUAGCCCUGCCGCGGCCAAUAUAUUUACAGCAGACAAUGACGCGUCUGGGGAGGCCUUGGAGGAUGUUGGUGUACAUGACACGGAUGAGCUAUCCUGGCAGCCCAUGGCGAAAAAGAGGAAAAUCUCGCUCCAUGAUUCUACGCUUCCAGAGGCGGCGACCACGACGAAGUUUUACGUUGCUCAGAGCAAUAUGACUACCAUGCAAAAGCUUGAGUACGAAAAGGUUCAUGUAUCACAAAAUAGCUAUGCCGGUUUUGCUGGCCCUUCCGCUAAUCAAAAGUCGAGUGGUAUGACAACGGUCGCAUAUCCUACGCCUAGCCGGUAUGCAUCUUCUUCUGGGCCACCACUACCUUGGGAGGCAGGCCCUGCUCUGGAUUUACAACCGGAAGGUGGCGAUGUUAUAGACAUCACCUCUUCUCCAGAUAUAAUUGCAGCCAGCCAUAUUUUUACUAGGCCAAAAUCAGUGGGAACAUCUCCUAUGGAUUCGCAUGCAGGUAACGACCAGGACGAAACAGUGGCCGAAACUGUUGUUAUGAAGAGCCAGGCUAGCAAGAAGCGAACGAAGAGGUUAAAGAGUACGCAGGAUGAAGAUGAACUUGUGCAAAGUGACCCUGAGACCCUCGAGAACUAUCGAGGUGGCUUGAAACGGAAGCCUAGAAGAGAAAUAUGUAAUUCGCCAAGUCAACAGGAUGGCGACGAGGGUAUUGAAUUGAUCCUGGAUCAUGGAGAGGAAGUCCCCAUCAGAGAAAACUCGCCUAGGCAACCUUCCGAAGAAGCAUCGGAAGUCGUUGAUCUUCUUUCCGAAAUCCCUGCAACAGAGUCACCCAGCCAUAUCGGUGCACCAAGACUUAACGAUUUGAAGGCCAAGAUAACUCCUCAGCCGAAGAAGCGCGGGCGCAAGAAAAAGCAGCCGGAGAAUAUACCAAUAGUUCAGGACGAGGAGGUUGCCGAAGCCCAAACCGUCGUUCAUGAGCAGGCAGCGGCUGCCAAAGACCCCGAGAAGCCUAAGAAGAAAAGAGGCCGCCCUCGAAAAUCAGAGACUUUGAAAGGUGAAAAGGAAGCAGCCCCUGAGCUAGAAAGCCGCGCAAAGGACAAUCAACGUGAACAAUCAAAGCCAGACCAGGCUGAUACAAGUACUAAGAAGCUGAAGACAGGAAAGGAGCAGGCUCAAAACCAAGAGGAAGAAAACGAAGAUAUAAGCCCACCAUUGCCUAACGAAAGUGAAGGUGAAGCUGCCUCUCCUUUGAGGGAAAUUGAUAGAAACUCAAGAGCCCCUGCGCCUACAGAGGAUGUUCCUGCAGAACCUGCAGAUCGGGGGCCGCCGCCUAAAGUUCAAGAGAAGGGGAGCUCAAUGAUUAAGCCUACGCCUACAGCCAUGGCUUCCCAACCUAAAGUAUCGUAUCGAGUCGGCCUUAGCAAAAGAAGCCGGAUAUCAUCGCUCCUAAAGUCGAUCAAGAGAUAG